ACAACUACCAAAAUUUAAGCAUAUUCAUGGAGAUGGUUGGAGUUGUAUAAUUGGUGAUUUGGAUUUAGCACAGAUAAUUGGAUUAGGUGAAACAUUAGCUUUGAUUGAUAGCUCAUAUACUCGCAAGCAAUCCAAAACUAAUACUUUGACAAAAAAACGUUCUACAAAAACUUCUAAAAACAAACAGUUACAAAAAUUAACAGAAAGUAGCUCUAAUAAUAAUGAUUCUCCUUUGAAUAUAAAUAAUGAAUUGGUAAUGAAGCCAAUGGAAAAAUUGGAAUAUGAAGAACGUAUGCUUUUAAUUCAAGAAAGAAAGGAAAAAUUGAGAGAAUUGCGAAUUGCGAAUACAAUCAAAGAGCGUGAAUACGGACUUGAACAAGAAUAA